AGUGAUGUCACUUGCGGGGUCAUCUUCAGAGUAAAGAAUUAACGGCAUGUCCAUCUGCGAUGACACCCUCCUGUGUAAUUUCCCAAAGUGUCGCGCUAAGCUGAGCGCCUUCGCUUGGGUCACAGCGUGCUCACAUGUUUUCUGCGAUCAGCACGGAUCUGAGAAGUUCAGCCGUUCUCCAGUCAUCUGCCCUGCAUGCUCGUCUGCACUGUCUGGAAAGCUGGACAUUGUGAGGAUGGAGCUGUCGCCCUCUGAGGAGUAUAAAGCGAUGGUGCUGACAGGUCUGCGACCAGACAUAGUGCUGGACAUCAGUUCUCGUGCUCUGGCCUUCUGGAGCUAUCAGGUGCAUCAAGAGCGUAUCUAUCAAGAGUACAGUCUGUCACGGGCCGAAUCACAGCUGAAGCAGAUGGAGAAGAUGCUGACUCAGCAGAACCAGAGUAGAGAACUGGAGCUUACCGCCUUGAAAGGAGAAAUUGCCUCCCUGAAGAAAAUGAUGGACGAGUACAAGAGGAAUUACAGCGAGGUGUCUGAGAAGCUGAUGCAGAGAAACCGGCAGUACCAGAAACUACAGGGGCUGUACGACUCUCUGAGGAUGCGUAGCAUGGUGGUGGGUGCUGGAGAAAGACAUACAGAGCAACAAAUGGGACAUCAAGACUACAACGCUGAUAAUAAUGCCGGGGUGGCUCGGCAUGCGACUCCUCAGAGGAGCCCUCCGUUCCUGUCCCUCGGCCCUGAAGGGGACAGUCGAUUCUUGUCCGCCCUGGAGGCUGAUGGAGGAAAGACCUUCUUCCAGUUCAGCUCCCCUGGCAGGGAUAAAUGCCGGCCCUUCAUCAGGAAGCACUGAGAGCAGCAGUCUGCAGUUAUCCAUGUUACUCUCUGUUCUGCUGUACUCACUUUAGCAGGAGACGUUUGCUCUUAUUUUGUGCAGUUUAUUUCCUGUUCAAACCAUAAAUAUGUGUUUAACAGUAUUAACAAAUAUGGGAUUUCAUUUUAUAUUUUGUUAUAUGUUAUUCCUAAGAAAAUAAUAAAAAUCUCAAGCAUA